UUGUAAUGGAGUCGUCCGUUGUUUCGAGGCUUAUCGCACUGUGUAAUAUAUAAGGAUAUAAAUUGGCUACAGCAGCAGCACACAAGAAAGUAAUGGCAGCUCUUCGCUGGAAUUUUUCUCAGGUUUUUGGUGAACGUAAUCCUGCCGACGAUGUUCAGCCUAUGGAUGUCAUAUCAGCAAUUGAUUUUGAUGACAGUGGUGAUCAUCUGGCCGUUGGUGAUCAAGGAGGGCGUCUUAUAAUCUUUGAAAAGAAACCUGGUAAAGAUGUGACAAAUGGCUAUUAUUCUCGGAAAGAAUUGGAACAAUCAGAUCUUAGUGGCACACAACAUCCUCAAUAUCAAUACAAAACAGAAAUUCAGAGUCAUGAACCAGAGUUUGAUUAUCUGAAGAGUGUGGAAAUAGAAGAGAAGAUUAUUGACCUAAAAUGGUGUGCAAGGCCCAAUCAAUCACUUUUUCUUCUUUCAACAAAUCACAAGACAAUUAAACUUUGGAAGGUUAAAGAACGCAAGUUGAGGAAAGUAAAAGUAAUGGACCCUGAUCCCUUAGUCUCUUCAGAGAAUGCUCUUUUGGCUGGAAAGAGCUACAUUGGUGCACAAAAUAAAUCAUCUGUUUCUAAUGGCGAUCUCUUAGAAUCAGGAGAGGAAGUGGAGAAUAUUAGGACGCGGCCACAUGGUGGACAUAACAGAGUAGCUAACCUUGAAGAUGAUGCUCCUGCAAGGUGUCGGAGGGUGUAUGCACAUGCUCAUGAUUAUAAUAUUAACUCUAUCUCAAAUAACAGUGAUGGCGAGACAUUUGUUUCAGCGGAUGAUCUUAGGAUAAAUUUGUGGAACCUUGAGGUCAGUAAUCAGUGUUUCAACAUUGUUGACACGAAGCCCUCAAACAUGGAUGAUCUUACAGAGGUGAUAACAUCAGCUGAGUUUCAUCCACUUCACUGUAAUACGCUUGCUUACAGCAACUCAAGGGGUUUCAUUCGACUUGUUGACUUGCGGCAGUCGGCACUAUGUGACCACAGUGCUAAGAUAUUGCAUGAUGGUGUAUCUAAAGGCCAAAAAACAUUCUUCACUGAAAUAAUCAUGUCAAUAUCUGACAUGAAAUUUACAAUGGACGGAAGGCAUAUAUUAAGUCGUGACUUCAUGACAUUAAAGCUGUGGGAUACACGCAUGGAGACUUCACCAGUUGCAAGUUACAAGGUUCAUGAACACCUUCGACCUAAGUUGUCCGACUUGUAUAAUAAUGAUGCUAUCUUUGAUAAGUUUGAUUGCUGCAUAAGUGGAGAUGGACGGCACUUCGCUACUGGAUCUUAUAGCAACCUAAUGAAGAUAUAUUCUUGUGGACUUGGUGGUGAGGAAGGAACCAUCUUGGAAGCUAGCAAAAAUCCAUAUAGUAAGGCGUAUCAUCAAGCUGCUCCAAGGGCCAGGAGAUCAUCUCUUGGCAGCUUAACACGGGCGCUUUACAGACAUGGACAAGAGACGUCCGACUCCAAAAGUAAUGAAUUUCCCGGAAACCUGAACUCCAAGUUGCUGCGCAUGGCUUGGCAUCCGAAAACAAAUAUGAUUGCUUGUGCUACCGGAAACAGUGUUUAUAUGUAUUAUGCUUAGAACAUAGCACCAGGGUGACACUAAUGUCGAAAGUAGUACUGGGUUUGAAUCAACCCAAAUGUAGGAGUAGAAAGAAGGGAAGAAAGAAAGGUUUAACAGGAAAAAAAUCAAGUCAUAAAACUAUGCUGUCUUGGCAGUUAAAAAGUUCUGGAAAGCAGCUAUACUUCUCAUGAAACUCAGCUGACUGUACUGCCGAAUGUCCGGACCUGGUUCACGAAGGCCUGUAUUAAUUCAAUGUACAUUAUUUUCAUAUAUUUCAGAAAUCAUACUUGUGAA